AUAUGUUCCAAUAACAUAAAAAAUAAAAACGCUUCACUGGACGGAAAUGACGUCAGGAUGCAGAGGCGGCGCUCGCUUCGUUCGAGCGGAAGUGCUGUGUAGACAGUUCGGCCAACUCCGUAAGAAAGAAAAAAAUAGAAAGAAAAAAAAAAAAAAAAGGAUGAAAAAAAAAACUCAUUACAUUUCUUCAAUCUGGGGCUUUCGGAAAUACUUCACAAACUAUCCUGAUCUAAGGAAAUCCCCGGUGGAAGAAGACAAAGUCUUCGGAGCUGGGGUGAUGGAGGAUUCCCAUUUUAAUUCAUACUUCUGGUCUCCUGUACAGGGACAGAUUGAGAAUGCUGUAUUUCUCAAUAAGGUCAAGGAGCAGCUGGGUCACGAUAAAAGCCCCACCUACUCACAUGGCCCCGCCCACUACCCAGCCACAGCGGUGGUGGCCUUUGCCGGGGGUGCCAUGGAUACCACAGUCGGGGGACGGACGCUGAAACAGGAGCAGGCACAAGCGUCCCAGGCCUCACACAGUAUCACAGUAGUGCCGGUGCCAUCUACGGGCAUCAUGACAGCAGCGGGUUUGGUCACCCUGGUGUCUCCAGUGUCCUCUGCCCAGUCCCUUAUUCCUGGGCAUCCAUCCACCACCAUGAUAACAGUCCAGACAGACAAGAAUAAUGAAUCAGUGCCAUGCUCACCGGUUAUCGUACCAUUACCGUCGAAAAGGGGAAGAAAGAAGAAAUCAACACUCCCAUUUGUUGGCUCACCUACAGGGAUAGAUCCCUUGAUUUUGGGUCUUGCAGGACAGCAUCAUUCUGCCAACCCCUUCAGUCUCUCCCCAGAAGAAGUAUGUACUGGGAAAGAGGGUGGAAAAACAUACAGGUGCCGGAUGUGUGGUUUGACGUUCUGCAGUAAGUCAGAUAUGCAGCUGCACUCCAAGUUGCACACGGAGGUGAAAGCUCACCAGUGUCCGCAUUGCUCCAAAUCCUUCGCUAACACCAGCUACCUGGCCCAGCACAUCCGCAUCCACAGCGGUGCCAAGCCCUACAGCUGCUUCUAUUGCCAGAAGGCUUUCAGACAGCUCAGUCACUUACAGCAACACACACGAAUCCACACAGAAUCCAAACCUCAUAAGUGUCCUCAUUGCACAAAAUCAUUUUCCAACACAAGUUAUCUAGCUCAGCAUGUACGAAUACACACAGGAGUGAAGCCUUACACUUGUAACUUCUGCCAGAAGACCUUCCGACAACUCAGCCACUUACAGCAACACCACAGGAUCCACACAGGAGACAGGCCAUACAAAUGUACACAACCAGGUUGCGAGAAGUCUUUCACUCAGCUCUCUAACCUGCGGUCUCAUCGGCGUCAGCACAACAAGGACAAGCCUUAUAAGUGUCACUAUUGUAACCGUGGGUAUGUAGACGCAUCCAGCCUGGAAGUACAUCUGUCUACUCACACAGUCAAGCACGCUAAGCUGUACUCCUGUGGUCUAUGCAACCAUAAUUAUACCUCGGAGAUGUAUCUGAUGAAACACAUGCAUAAACAUGCCCCCGAUGUGGUUCUAGCUCCACCCGGGUCAGACAACCCCGGCCAUGCUGGAGGAGGAGGCUCAGGGGGAGACCGGGCUGAGAGGAGCAACACCUUCACCCAGCAGGCUGUUGUGCCGUGUAUAUUUGACCUGAACCAGUAUAAACCAGUAACUUCUGCAGAUGUGCAGUAUAAAACUGUCAGUGUAUCAGACAUCUCCCCUCACAAAGACCUCUGCAUUACUGUGGAGGCAUCUGCCAUACAGGUGGAACACCUGAACUCAUGAGAAAUCCCAUAGAGCAAGGGACAAAACUUUAAAACUGAAAAACUUAUGAAAUUGACGAGAGUUGGGGAAAUUUUCUUACUCUAUGCCUUCCUAUUUGUAUGAAGGAGAAAGUAUGCCUGUGGACUUAAUGGACAAAAGUGAAGGAAUCGCUAAGGUGAAAUUUUAUAUAUAUUUUUUUCUUUCCCAUCUUUAAAAAUGUACUUCUGGAAUACUGAUCUUCCUCACAAAUACUUCCUUUAAAACCGUGGCUUUUUUAUUUAAUGCACGGGUCAUAUAUCUUUAGUCUAUGACAGCUUUCAGUUAAAUUUCUGGUUUAUCCUGUUUUUAUGAUCAUCUGCGUCUGUAGGGGUUUGUAUGGUCACUGCACCUUCAACAUCAUUAUUGUUACUGUCAAUAUGAAUGGAAAUAUUCUGUGUCUUGCAGAGUAUGUGUAGAGUUGUUGGUCCUUUUCCAUUUUAAAAGGGAAGUUUUUUGCAGAUGUAUGUAAAACAGAAAACACAUACAGGAUAUAUGAUUAUCAAGUGUAUCUUGUGUGAACGAGUAAAGGAUAUCAAUAAAUAAGACAAAAAGAAUUGGUGUCAACUAAUGCUGUGACAAAUAUCCUAUGACUCCUAUGAGAUGGUGUGUUCAUGAUGAAUUAUCUUGUUUAGAAUUCGUAUCUGCAGUUGACAUGUAAUAUUCUUUUAUUACAACGUUGUUACUAUUAUACUAUCAAAAUAACAACUGUUAAAAUGCACCCCAAACCUCUAGAUUAGCAUGGAUUAAGCCUUUUAGAAUACAAUAUUAAAAAAAAACAAGUGAAUGUUUCUGCUGUGCUGCCUCAUGAAAAUCUCUUCAUUUUAAAGAAUUGUGUUACUUUUUAGUGGUUUGAAGAGUUCUCCAUCUAAAUUCACUCAGACUAUAAAUAAUCAUCAACAGUU